GUUUCGCUGUUGCUCUGCACCGCCGUGCGGACGGAGCGACGGAGCGAAGGAAAAUGGCGGACGGCGCAGAUCAAAUUGAUAUCUACGCCGAAAUUGAGGAGGAAUUUAACCAGGAAGUGGAGUACCCAGUCCAUGAACAGAUCGACUUGUAUGAUGAUGUAAUAUCGCCAUCAGCCAAUAAUGGAGAUGCUCCAGAAGACCGCGACUACCUGGAUACGCUGCCUCCACCAGGUGGCUCAGAGGGAGGAAAGAGCGCCCCUCCCAACGUUGUAUACACUUACACAGGCAAAAGGAUUGCCCUUUACAUAGGAAAUCUCACAUGGUGGACAACAGAUGAGGACCUGACUGAAGCUAUCCGGUCAAUAGGCAUCACAGAUGUGCUAGAAAUCAAGUUCUUUGAAAAUAGAGCCAAUGGCCAGUCAAAAGGGUUUGCUCUUGUGUGUGUCGGCUCAGAGGCAUCAUCCAGAAAGUUAAUGGAGCUGUUGUCUAAGAGGGAGCUCCAUGGUCAGAAUCCCAUCGUCACGCCAUGCAAUAAACAGUCUCUCAGCCAGUUUGAGAUGCAAUCACGUAAGAGUACCCAGUCAGGUCAGAUGUCUGGAGAAGGUAAAGCUGGUCCUCCGGGUGCAGGCCCCCGUGGUGGUUUCCCCAUGUCCGGUCGGGGAAGAGGCAGGUUCCCAGGACCACCUGGUCCUGGAGGAGACCGCUUCCCUGGUCCUGUAGGGCCUGGAGGUCCACCGCCACACUUCCCUGGCUCGGGGAUCAGACCAGAUCUGGUUGGGCACCAAGAUGGCCCUCUGAUGGAUAUGUGUUUCAGUCCCUUCCCGCCGGGGGGCAGGAACGGGAGCUGGCAUAGCAGAGGGAUGCAAGGUCCUCCACGACCUCCUCCUGGUCCACCUGGUCCCCCUGGCCCUCCUGGACCACCACCUCCUGGUCAGGGCCUCCCCCCUCCUCUAGCAGGGCCUCCAAAUCGUGGUGACAGACCACCUCCCCCUGUUCUCUUCCCUGGUCAGUUUGGCCAGCCACCGCUUGGACCUCUUCCCCCAGGCCCACCUCCUCCAGGUUAUGGCCCUCCCCCUGGUCCCCCACCCCCCCAACAGGGCCCACCUCCUCCAGGACCCUUCCCCCCACGUCCUCCAGGCCCUAUUGGUCCCCCAAUGGCUUUGGCUCCUCCUCCACAUUUGGCAGGUCCCCCACCAGGUGGGCCACCACCAGCUCCUCAUGUGAACCCUGCCUUCUUCCCCCCACCCGGUAAUAACAGUAUGCCUCCUAAUGACAGUCGAGGCCCCCCAGGGCCAAAUGACCCAUAUGGACGCCCACCACCAUAUGAGAGAGGAGACUAUGGUCCAGGAGGCAGAGAGAUGGAGUCAUCACGGACCCCUCUGAGUGAGGCAGAAUUUGAGGAGAUCAUGAACAGGAACAGAGCCAUCUCCUCAAGUGCCAUUUCUAGGGCUGUAUCUGAUGCCAGUGCAGCUGAUUAUGGCAGCGCUAUAGAGACUUUGGUGACAGCCAUUAGUCUAAUUAAGCAGUCCAAAGUCUCCGCAGAUGACCGCUGUAAGGUCCUCAUCAGUUCGCUGCAGGACUGUCUUCAUGGUAUUGAAUCAAAGAGCUAUGGCUCUGUUUCAAGGCGAGAACGUUCCAGGGAACGAGACCAUAGCCGGUCUCGGGAAAAGAGCCGGCGACACAAAUCACGCAGUCGCGACAGGCACGAGGAUUAUUACAGAGAGCGCAGUCGUGAGCGCGAUCGCCAUCGGGAGAGGGACCGGGAUCGAGACCGGGAAAGAGAGAGAGAGAGGGAGUAUCGCCACCGCUAGCAGAGAAAGGAGCUAACGAGGAUCAAGGAUGGAAGGAAGGAAAAGGAGGAAUGUUUUCAGUGCACCACCACCAACCCCACCCUCUCCAUCCCGCUCACCUUGCAUGACCGGACAGGACUACAGCCAGCAUCUCUUCCUCCACCCCCUUCCAUUUCUCUUAUCUCCUUCUCCACCCUUCUCUCUAUCUGUUGUCUGCCUCAGCAGUGGAUGGAGGACCCUGAUGUGUGUAAGGCUUUGUUAUCCAAACUUCUUUGCUCCUGGUAACUAAAGAUGGUAAAAACAAAAACUUUCCAAACAGCUUUUUUUUUUUUUUUUGUUUGUUUUUUUAAUGAAGAGUACCUGUGAUGCUUUUUUGGCAAAGAAACAAAACAGCAGUGAGAUCCCACAAUAGACACAAACAUUACAUCUUUGCUUUUGUUUUGGCUCGCUGUACUGUGUACAUUAAGUUUAGAGUAGGUUUUAUAGGGUAUAUGUUUGGUGUUUUCUCUCCUACCCUCCCUCUCAUUCUCAUUUAUUCUUUUCAUGGUUGGUAUGUUUGUAAAUGUCUGCUUUUGAUUAAAAACUAGAUGUUGUAAUAAAAAUGUAAACUGAGGUACACUUUGCAUUUGGUGAAUUCCUCUACAUGUUUAGUUCAUUUAUAUUAAAUGUAUAUUUUGGACUGCAGAAUGUUUUUCACUCCAUUAGACACUUUUAGCUCUAGUCUUUUUCUGUUUUUUUUUUUUCAAUGGAAAAGCUUUUACAAGGUAAGACAAAUAACAGGGUUGUAUUAUAUUUUUGAAUGUUUUCUGAUGGGUAGUUGUAGAAAUAAAUAGACUGAACAAGUUUAAAUGUUUAUAUAAGAACAUUAUGGGAAGUUGUUUGCUAAGGAUGUUAAAUCAUAACCAACAUGCUGCUGUUCACAAAGUGGCUUCUGACGUGUCAUUCAUGUGUUACUACACUGAACAAUCGUCACCACAAUUAGGUAAAACCAAACUGUGGUCUGUUUUAUAAAUGUGAAAGACAUUGUUCUAUUUAAUGUGUUAGGACUGUUUUUCUCCUAAGACAUUUCCAACUUGUUAAAAAUGGGUAGAAAUGUGCUGCAAUGUUCAAUUCCAUGCAAUGCAGCACCCUUUUUAUUCUUCCACCUGUCAUUUUAAUGUCUUGCAUGUUUGUCAGGUUGUUUUGUUUUUUAUUCUUUGCUGUCUGAAAGGUUUGAAAGAUGGACACAUCUUUCAUGUUUCCACUGUUUGAGACCAAACGGGUAAAACAAAUUAACUGUAUUCAGCUUUUAUGGGUUAAUACAGAUGAAUUUGGACUGUGAAACUAUACAAGUUUUAAUUUGAGGAAAUAAAAAUUGAGGAAAAUUGUAACAAAUGACUCAGUUUAGUGGUGAAAUAGUGUCUAAUCUGUUCAUCCCAAAGUUUAGCCUUUAAUCUCAGAUCAGGUAUGCAUAAAAUGAAAUUAAGUAUUAAACGCUGUACAAGUUACAGAAAGCUGAAUUAUUGAUAAAAAAGGAUCAGGCAAGCUAACACUUUGCUUUUUCUCUUUUUUGUGUUACUCGCUGGACGUUCAUUAUUACUGUUAAAAUGACUUGUUAAUCGAUCAUGUCAGUUUUCAUUCAAGACCAUAAGCUGCACUAAUACUGCACUUCAGGUAAAUCAAAUGUGUAAACCCCAGUCCAAGGAUGGGAAACUCAAAAAAGUGUUAGAAAGCUGAUUUCAAUAGAGUUGCAGCAUUUUUAUAUUUUAAAAACCCCUCAUGAUUCAUUUGCAGUUAAUUCUAAUUAAAAUUGCCUUACGGUGUGUUUUGUAUUGAAUGGAUGUUUAUUCAUUUGCUCAUGAACUUGUAAACCGUCAGUCACUCUGUGCUAGCUUCUCUCUGCAGUGCUGAAGGUAAGUGUUUUCAGGUCUGCAUCCACAGCAAAUGUGAGCAUAAGAAGUCUGGAUGAUUCUGCUGCAUCUAAUGAGACACUUUACCCUGCACAAGGAGUUGGAAGCUUUUUAAAAUAGUCUUGUUAAUAUUUAAGUUACAUUGUUUGAUAGAGUUCAUUUUAAACUAAGUAUUUGCAGAGCCCCAGCUAUUUUUUUCAUAAGUUGGGAGGCAAUAAAAUAUCAAUAUUUGGAUUAUUUCUGAGACUUGCUGUGAGGUGUGAAAGGGGGGUAAAUAAAAUUUAAUGCACUGUCAAAACUAUCUAGAAUUCCCAGUGGAGAGCAGGACUUUUUCUCUGGGCUGCAAAAUUUUAAGAGCAUUGUACAAAAGGCUGUAAUAAAUGGGGUGUUUUCAAUUUUAUUUUUUACUGAUAAUUAGAAAUCUAAUAUCUGAAAAAUGUGUCUUCAGUGAAAGGGGUGUGGUGGGUACACACAAGUUUUAAAUAAAACUCUUAAAUUCU